AUGGUUCCCAGUGUGGACGCCAUCUUCUCAAGGGACUGCAUCCGAGAUCAAGCGUGGACGUGGAGAGGCACGGGUAAAGUCAUAUUUGUUUGUGCAAAGCACUUCAAGGAUGACUGCUUCAGCAAUCUCCGCCAGCACCAGGAAGGAUUUGCCGAAAGACUUAGUCUGAUUGAGGAGUCAGUUCCUUCCAUCUACGGAGACGACGGACGUACAGCUCUUCGGACUCGCAGGAAAAAUGCAUGGAGCCCGUUCAGCACCCGCUCAUCACACCGGGGGCUACACGGCUGUAUGUCGGCCUGGGUCAUCGACGAGUACGGGUCCAACGCGGUGCUUAGAUUCACGGAAGAAGUACCAGUACCCGCGCUGCCCUCUCCCGCGCACCUGCUGCUCAAAGUGCACGCGAGCAGCCUCAACCCCCUGGACCUGUUAAUGAGGGGAGGGUAUGGAGCCAAACUACUGCAGCUGAGGAGGGAGCCAUUGGCCCUAGGGGGCAGGAAUGAGUUCCCCCUAGUCCUGGGUCGUGAUGUAUCUGGUGUGGUGCUUGAGUGUGGAGCUGAGGUCACCCACUUCAGGCCCGGGGAUGAGGUGUGGGCAGCUGUUCCUCCUUGGAAGCAGGGCAGUCUUGCAGAGUUCGUAACGCUGUCGGAGUACGAGGUUUCCCACAAGCCCCAUUCUCUGAGCCACACCGAAGCUGCGUCCAUCCCAUAUGUGGCCAGCACUGCUCUGUCAGCUCUAAUCAAUGCUGGAGGUCUGUGUGCAGAGACCACUCCUCACAAGAGAGUUCUGAUCAUCGGGGCCUCUGGAGGAGUGGGCACAUUCUCUAUACAGAUGCUGAAGGCAUGGGGGGCUCAUGUGACCGUAACCUGCUCUCACAACGCAGAGGGGCUGGUGCGAGGCCUGGGAGCAGACGAGGCGGUGGACUACACAUCCGGUGACACAGUACACACACUCGAGGCCAUGGACAGGUUUGAUGUGAUUCUGGACAGUGUAGGUGGAGAGACAGAGCAGUGGGCCCUGCCUCUGCUCAGGCCCUGGUCCGGAUCCAAGUAUGUGUCCCUGGUAACUCCACUUCUGUCCAGCACGGAUCACCUGGGGCUGCUGGCCGGAGGCAUGCAAUCCGGCUGGGCCCUCAGCAACAAGCUCCUUCAGAGACUGCUGUCAAGGGGAGUGUUCUACCGGUGGGGCUUCUAUGCUCCGGAUGGCCCCGCGCUAGACCACGUCAGGGCCCUGGUUGAUUCGGGGAAGGUCCUACCAGUGGUGGAGGCGCAGUUCCCUUUUACCCAGGUGCCACAGGCCUUCCUGAAGCUGGAGGCGGGUCACGCUAGGGGCAAGACUGUGGUGUGUGUGACCCAGGAAGACAGCUCUGAGGCGGGCGAACAGGAGCAGGAGGCUCCACAGCACCAGGCCUGCAGUCCGUGA